AUGAAAUUCCUCGUUGCUUUCGUUGCUAUCGUAGCUGUGGCUGCCGCUAGCCCCAUCAAGCCCGCUGAGACUAAUGCUGAGCUGCAAGCCAUUCUGGAUGCUAUCCACAGCCCCAGCACAGACCCAGCCACCGCUGCUCUCCUUCUCGAGCAUCUGCACGAAAUCCUCGUCGCUCUCAACCCCAUCCAGGAGCCUGUCUUCGGACCCGAAAUCAUCGACUUCCCUCUUCCCGACGGUGGUGCUGUCACUGAGCCAAUCGUGCCCUCCCCUGUUAUCGUUGGACCAGUCGCACCAGGCCAGCCCGCUCCUCUCGUUCAGAUCAUUGUGAACGUGAACCAGCCAGGCGCUGAUGCAGCUAUCAUUCCCCAGCCCGUCAUUGUUGACGAGUCUGAUGAAGUCAAACCCGACCCCGUUAUUAUCGCCGAAGAGGCUGAAGAAGNCGACGUCAAACCCGACCCCGUUAUUAUCGCCGAAGAGGCUGAAGAAGGCCCCAUUGUCCCUGAGCCCGUAAUCGUUGCUCCCAUCAACCCCAUCCCAGUCGCCCCCGUCAUCAUUGGAACCCCCAUCAUACCCUCUCCUGCCGUCACCCUCCCUGAGGAGCUCAACUAAGUAACU